CCUCGACACCGCCCCCUCUCGGCCCAGCGCGGCCUGGCCCGGCUCCGGCUCCGACACCGCCUCGCCCGGCCCCGCCCGGCCUGGUCCGCUCCGCUCCGCUCCGCCCCCCACACACAGCCCGCGGCCUGGACGCCUGCCCCCAGUGCCGGGGCCGAGGCCGAGUCGCCGCCCAGCCCAGCCCAGCCCAACCCUGGGGCACCUGGCGCUUGACGAUGCAAGGAGGAGACGGGACGGUGGCCGCUCCCCUUCCCGCACCCGACUCUGCCCCUGUGACCGAAGUGGAAGUGAAAGCGGAGACUCCUGUCCACAGGCCGGCGGCCAGAACACGGGGCUGGCAGUACAGUGAUCAUAUGGAGAAUGUAUGUGGAUACUUGAUGAAAUAUACUAACCUUGUCACAGGCUGGCAAUAUCGGUUCUUUGUUUUAAAUCAUGAAGCUGGAUUUCUAGAAUACUUUGUCAAUGAGCAGUCCCGAAGUCUGAAGCCAAGGGGCACUUUACAGCUAGCAGGGGCAGUCAUCUCACCAAGUGACGAAGACUCUCACACAUUUACGGUCAAUGCAGCCAUUGGAGAACAGUAUAAACUGAGAGCUACUGAUGCAAAAGAACGUCAACACUGGGUCAGUAGACUUCAGAUUUGUACUCAGCACCAUACGGAAGCUAUCGGGAAGAAUAAUCCACCCUUGAAAUCGAGAAGCUUCCCCUUGGUUUCUCAAGGAAACAGUUCUCCAGGCGCGCAGAGACGAGCAAGUCAAAAUGCUGCGGCGUUUUUUGGUGUUACUCAUCAUAAGGCUCCAGGAUUGUCAAAGCGAUCCCACACCCAGCAACCAGACCAUUUGGCCGAUGUUCGAGAGAUGAUGAACCAGGCCGAAGGACAGCACAAGGAAUUGGUCCGAACUAUUGAAGGACUUCCUCCCUUUGGAGAACAAAUCUCAUCACUGGACCAAGAUCUGCUCAUGCUUAAAGCCACCACAAUGGCAACAAUGAACUGUUUAAGUGAUUGUUUCCACAUUCUUCACCUUCAGCAGGCAGCCAACCAGAAAAGUUAUUUUCCUUCAUGUGAAAGAGGCACAACAAUUGAAUGGUUGGAACCCAAAUUAUCAAUAUCGGACAACCUCAAGAAUGGAAACGAACACCAGUCGUCAACUGAGAAGGCCCUGUCAAACGCUGCUUGCGGAGAUCAGCCAAUUUCUGAACAAUACCAAAUAUCACGGAAAUGCCCAUGCAUACUUUUUCAUCAUUUUGGGAAGUGGAAUGACCAAUUCAAUCUUGCUGAGCCAGGGUUACAGGAGAAAGCAUUAGGCAAUAAGAAAGCUGUAGCUUUCCCUCUGGUACCUCAUUACCAUUUUCCUAAGGAGCCGGAAGAAAUAAAUCCAGAUGACGAAACUGAAGUUACCAUUGAGGAUGAGGAGGAAGAUGAUCUUGGAGUUGUUGAAGAACAGCGUAGUGUGAUUCUACACUUGUUAUCUCAGCUGAAGCUGGGUAUGGAUUUGACACGAGUGGUUCUUCCAACCUUUAUUCUGGAGAAACGUUCGUUACUGGAGAUGUAUGCAGACUUUAUGUCCCACCCAGAUCUCUUCAUUGCUAUCACGGAUGGUGCAAAUCCUGAAGAGAGAAUGAUCCGCUUUGUCGAGUAUUACCUCACCUCAUUCCACGAAGGGCGUAAAGGAGCUGUGGCCAAGAAACCGUACAAUCCAAUUAUUGGUGAAACAUUUCACUGCUCAUGGAAUGUACCGAGAAACACAAGUGGCAAAUCAUGUAGCAGCUCACCACAGAAUUGCUGGCAAACGACAGAGUGCUCCGGUGGUUCAGAGGGAAGAGGCCAAGCAGACUAUCUUUUAAGAUUUGUGUCAGAACAGGUGUCUCAUCACCCACCUGUCUCAGGAUUUUAUGUCGAGUGCGAAGAGAAAAACAUAUGUGCAAACACUCAUGUAUGGACAAAGAGCAAGUUCAUGGGCAUGUCCAUUGGAGUUGUAAUGAUUGGCGAAGGUCUUCUAUGUCUCUUGGACCACGGAGAGGAGUACACCUUUACCCUUCCUUGCGCCUACGCUCGUUCUAUCUUAACCGUUCCUUGGGUGGAGCUCGGAGGGAAAGUCAACGUCAACUGUGCAAAGACUGGUUACUCUGCCGCUAUAACAUUUCACACAAAGCCAUUUUAUGGUGGAAAGCUUCACAGAGUGACUGCUGAAGUGAAGCAUCAUGCAACAAACACGGUGGUGUGCAGAGUGCAGGGUGAAUGGAACGGUGUGCUUGAAUUCACUUACAGCAAUGGAGAAACUAGAGUCAUAGAUGUAACUAAACUUCCCGUCACCAGAAAGCGAGUGCGACCAACUGAGAAACAAGGCCCAUUUGAGUCCAGGCACUUGUGGCAGCAUGUGACUGAAGCUUUGAGAGUUAAAAACAUAGAGAAGGCCACUGAACAUAAGAGCUUACUAGAGGAACGCCAGAGGUCAGAAGCACGUCAUCGUGCAGAGACGGGCGCACUUUGGAAGACAAAGUAUUUCUAUCAAGAGGGUGAUGGAUGGAUCUAUUACAAGCCCCUGUGGAAAUCCACAAGAGGCAACACUGAGGUAGCUUCACCAACACCAUAGACUCGGUGCAACUGGAGUACAGCAACAUGGUUUUAAGUAAUAAAGCUAUCACGACUAGAGUUGUGACCAAUGUUGAUUUCAUAUUAAAUUGUAAAAUGCAGUAAAUCUCUCAGCUGCUUUUAUUCAAUAUUGUGUGUCUAUGAUAUAAUGUUGCGAGUGCUUCACACUUCGGAAUGUUAGCAGAAAGGACUCUUUAAAAUGACAGGAAAAAUGAGUGAGUUUUUAUCUUCAACUACAUUUUAUACCUUAUCUGAAGCCUUUUGGCAAUUACUUUUUGGCAAGGAUCUUGUGUUAUUUUGACACCUGUAUUUGACAAAAGUAUUACGUUAAUGAUUGCUGCCUCCGAACAAAAACCUAUUUCUAACUGGCACAGUGGAGUGCUCUUUCGACAAGUUGACAAGCGGCUGAAGUGCUGGACUGUUGAUCGGCCUGUGGAACUGUUGCAACAACAAUUUGCCAGAGUGACCCUUUGGCUUAAUCUAUUGCAUAAGAUGCUUUUUUUUUUACAAAAAGUCUAUCCAGGAGGAAUUGGUCAUAUGAAGUUCCUUUAGGUACAUUUCUUUAAAAAAUUGCGGGCAAUUAAGAAAUAACCCCCCCCAUAAAGGGAGGCGGAUAGAAAGCCGAGAAUACUUGUUUCCAAAGCGUGCCUUACACUGUGUUAUUUUUUAGUAUAGACUUCCAAUUAGUAUGUAUGGCAUUAUCUGUUGUAGCUUAAUUGUGGAUGUUAAUUUUCAUCAUGUACUGAAAAUGUAAUGAAUUUUAUAAAUUUUAUUUCAACUUUCUUGCUGAAACUGCUUGGUAGGCAAACUUCUGACAAGACGAGCUUUACAAAGAGGAAGCGAUUUUAAAAGAAUUUCGUUCAAGGGAACAAAAAUGUUGCUUCAUGUGUGUAGAAAUUCCAUAAGCUGUGACUACUAAUGGCACAAAGUAAAUGUUACACUUUCACUGAUGAAAGUACCCACUAUCACUCCAGAGAUUUAUUUUGCUGAUUCUCUAAUGUGUGGCUCUGAGUGUUGCAAUAAUUACCACAAGCUGCAAGCUGCUACCGAGCAUUUAAUGUUAAGUCAUAGGAUUUAUUUUCACUUUGUCAGAUUUGUGACAAUGAGAGCACUGUUCACCGGUCAUGAACUGUUUAUGUUCCAUGUAACCACAAAUGAAAGAUGUUUGUUUUUCUAAUUUUGUGUAAGGCAUAGCUUAUCAACUCAACUUCCGUGUCAUCUAAAGGGCCUGUCCCACUUGGGCGCCAUUUGCGCGUCAUGCAGAUGGCGUGCGAAGAUUUUGUACAUUCCAAAAUCCUGGGGCACUGCGCACGACCGCGCGUCACUGUCUAUGUCACUGCACACCAUGCGUGCGUAAUGCGCACCAUGCGCGCGUCGUGACGAGUAAAUGGUGUCGCGUAAAUGACGCGCAAAUGACCGCCAAGUGGGACAGGCCCUUUAAGUUUUCAUUCAUUUGUGUGAAACUUCAUUUUCACCUUUUUUAAAGUUCAAUUGUAAUGAACUGAAUAGAUUGAACUUGGAAAGACUUUGCCUUGUUGCAGGAAUAUUCGGGAAGCGGAACAUAGUCCUGUCCAUAGACAGUUCAUUCUAUGGCCUCAGUGGUGGGAUAAGCCAGAAAACAUCGCUGCUCAUUGUUUUUGAAAUGGAAGUCAAAGUGUAUCAAUUAUCUCGCACCACUUUGAUACUACAAUCCUGUAUAUUUUGCAAUCAUGUAUAAUGCACUGAAGGAAUCUCAAAUUGACACUCCUGUUGUAGUAGUAGCAGCCAGUGUGCAAAAAGUUGAAUUAAAUAUUCUGCAAAACC